CCACCGCCGCUAGUGAAACAACCACGUGUACUUGGGCCGUCGGUCUCCUUUUAGGGGUCUUCUCUCUGUAAGUUUUGCAGUGCUUGCGUGUGUUCCUGUGGCUGCGGCAGCGAGUGAGUAUUAACGGCUGGAGGGGCUACAAUGGCGGAUUCGGGGCGACUAUGAAGAUGGAGGUGGACUUCAGCGAGGCUGUAGAGAAGAAGCUGCCUGAAGUGCAAGAGAUGGCGAAAAAUGGACAGGUACAGGAGGCACUGGAGAGCCUGCUGUCUCUGGAGAGAACAAACCAGACUGGGAUCAGAUCCCAGAGUACUGCAAGGUCCUCAAGGCCAUAGUUCAGAUGUGCUUCGACCUACAGGAGUGGGAGCUACUGAAUGAGCACAUUCUGCUGCUCACCAAGAAGAGAGGACAGUUCAAGACUGCUGUGGCCUCGAUGGUGGAACAGUGCUGCCGGUUUGUAGAGCAGACUCCAGACCUACCCAUCAAGCUCAAGUUGAUUGACACUCUCCGGACUGUCACUGAAGGGAAAAUAUAUGUCGAGGUCCCCAGGGCACGACUUACUAUGGAGCUGUCCAAGAUCAGGGAGGCGGAGGGAGAUAUUGCUUCUGCUGCCUCCAUACUACAGGAACUGCAGGUGGAGACGUUUGGCUCCAUGGAGAAGGAUGAGAAGGUCCAGUUUAUCCUGGAGCAGAUGAGACUGGGGCUGGCACGGAAGGACUACAUCCGGACACAGAUCAUCAGCAAGAAGAUCAGCGUCAAGUUCUUUGCUCUACAACCGACUCUGAAGCUGUUCAGGAGCUGA